AAUUUACAGUCCUGCACAGUGUGCUUCCGAAACAUAACUAGGACGUGCUUGUCCACUGCGACAACAACAGUAGCGCGCAAUCGAAAGCAAUACGCAGUUUCUCAAGAUUCUCGCCAAUUAUGCUAAUCAACAUACUUGACGUUUGUGAUUAUCUUCUGCUUCUGCUUAUUCUACUGCCCGGUUCUAACCAAAGAAGCUUAAAAACGGAUGAUCUUGAACGGAAGACCAAGACAGCCGAGAAAGGUGCUAAAUCGUUUUCAUCACUGGAAGAGAAUUUCGUGGAUGGCCAGUGCCCACCACGGUCAAAUGGCGUCAGCAUUAACGGAGCGAAAGAGUGUCGAUACGACUGCACAAGUGAUGUGGAUUGUAGUGAAGACUACAAAUGUUGCGAAAGUGGAUGCUCGUUUUUGUGUGUGGAGCCAUGGUUUCCAAAUAGAGUCGUAGAUUGGACAAAGACGUCUGCAAGUAAUCAAGUAUCAGGUGAUCCUGGACAACCAGAGCAGAGGAAUGGACCAUGGAAAUCUAGAGGUGAACCUUGUAGUACAAGCGUUCUUGAUGGACUGCAACCUCUCCGUUGCCCCUCAAACUACGAGUGUCAAAUAAGCAUGGAAGAAGAUACACAGUUGAACAUUCCCAACAGAGGAGAAUGCAUUCGAAUACAUGACAGAAAAUUAGAAAACGGUGGCGCAGAGAACACGAACCAUUCGAGUAUUACUACACUCGAAACAGAGUGCUCACACAGUGGAGAAGUAUAUAAACACAAGGAGAAAUUUCGCAAAGAUUGCAAUAUUUGUGUGUGUCACAACGGUGUAGUAUUCUGCAGUAGUCGGCCUUGUCCGCUCAAAAUUGGCAUUCCUGCAGCUGUGUCGAGCUACAAGGAACAGAAACAGACACCCAGAGAUCAAAUUAUUAGCAUAGACAGCGAAGAGGGGGUCAAUGACGAUGUCGUCAGAGAGUCGGGGUCAUCAGGCUCGGGAGAUGGUGGAGGGACUCAAGGGGAACGUCUUAUAGAAUUGAGCAGCGAAGCGGAUAGGGGAGGAUACGGAGAUACCGAAGACGCGGAAGAAGAACCGACCAAGAAUGGUGGUGUCAAUAUCACAAGCCGUCAAUAUGAACGCGAGGAAAUCACUCCGAUUGAUAAUGAGAGCAGUGGUGGCGGUGAAACACACACGGAAUCAGGCCCGACUGAAAUUGAGCCAUCCGAGACAACAGAACCCAGCAGAACAACAAAGUUAACCACACCAGAUAUUCCUCCUUCGACAAGGAAAACGACCACGACAAGGAAAACGACCACGAUAAGGUCAAAAAUUACAACGCCUCAGCCCAGUACAUCCAAAUUGCCUCCUGAUAUCUCCACCCGGCCUCCAAGUAUCGCCCAAACGAAAACGACAGAGCCUCGAUUAAUACAGACGACUAAACCCACGGAGGAUGUCAUUAGGUUGGAAGGAAGUGGAUCAGGUACCGGUGCUCAUGAUUCGAGCGAAGAUGAAGCUGGUUCAAGCGAUGGAUCAAGUGAUGGAUCAAGCGAUGGAUCAAGUGAUGGUUCUGGAAGCAGCCGUGAAAAACCAGUUUAUCCCGAUACGAUUGUCUUGGGGAAAUACAUCAGAGACGAAGGUGAUGAGGAUGGAACAAUUGAAGAAAACUUAAGAAACGAUGUUCAAGUUCACGAUGGUGCUCAAGGCCAGAGGUCUGAGAACGAGGAAGAAGAAUCCAGGACAAGUGGCAAAAAGUUACGACGUAGUCACACUUCGGAAUAUUUUGCGACUACAGAUGACGAACAUUGAGAGGCAGACAUUAGAAGCAAAUUAGUAAAUUUCUAUUUCUAGAGAAUUGUAAAAUAUAACUUUGUUAGCAAAGAAAUUAUUC